AUGAGUAUCAAAUUAAUGAAACAACGUUGGCUAGUGGAAGAAGUGGAUGACAAAAAAGAUUCAACUGAAAUAGUCGAUAUGGAUGUCGAUGAAAAGGACGAGUAUGAAAUUAUUUCUGAGAUGGAAAAACCCUCAAAUUUUCUCACGCAAAGAGAUGUGGAGAAUGAAGAGCCGGAGGCGAUUGGAAUCAGUAUGCAUACUCAGGGAAAUGUCGCGAGUUUGGAGGUGAAGAGGCCUUCGAGAUGGGAUGUCGGAGCACCAUUCUGUAUUCAGUUAAAUGAUGCUUUGGCGCCAAAUACAAGUGACACCAUUAUGAACAAAUGUACUACUAGUUUGGAUGAGGCGUUAAAUGGAUAUAAUAAAACCACUGGUGAAAAUGAAAGAAAAGAGAUGUUAACAAAUGAGACGACUGCAUUAAAAACUUCCAGUACGAUAAUGGAGAAGUAUACUGAGAGUAAUGAGAUAUCCAUUGCAGCGGAACAUGGAUAUCACCAAGAUAGCAGCCUUGUUGAUUUGUCGCUGGACAAAAUAGCGCUUCCAUGUGAUCCUUGUGAUAUAACUUUGCCGCCUGAACCAUCUGAACUGUAUGGUAAUAUUAGUUGUGCACUUCUACCUCGCAUUACGGAUGAUAAGCUUGCUUCCGAAGCAACAUUGGACAAGGGGAAAGUAGUAAUUAAAUGGAAGUUCACGAAAACACCAAAAGAACUUUCUACUGGACAUGUGAAAAUUUGGGAACCGGAGGUUGAAACACGUGAAUUACCGAAAUUAUGUCCUGAAGAUGAGUCUAGAUCACAGAGAUGUGUAGAAGCUUCAUUGAAUUCAAAAAUUGUUGCUGAACGUUUAGAUUCUUAUGGAGGCGAAAGUUCAUUACACACCAAAUCUUUACUUCAACAUUCCGCAGAUGUUGAAGGAGCAACUAUUUCACCGUGCUCAUCAAAGCCGAAGUCAAAUGUUCAAUUACAAGAUAACACUACUUUGUCAUCUGAACAGGACCAAUCAAAUUAUGCAAUGCAUGAAAUGAAAAUUUUGGAAAAUCAAUGUGUACAGAUGACGGCACUGCAGAAAGCAAGUGAAGAGCAAUCAACGUCAAAUAAAGAUUUAGGAUCGAUCUACGAUAAUGUUUCAGAAAUUGUAUUGUCCUCUUCAAAGCUUCAUUACGAUCACAAUUUGAACAUGGAUUCGAGAACUCUGUGUGGUAAUGAAACUGAGAGAAUUGCAGAAACCAGCGUACAAAAACCAGUCACGUCGUGGUUUGCGAAGCAUUUUCCGCAGGAACCUCACUUAAAAGAAACGAAAUUACCAUCAGAAUCGUUAUCUUUUCUUCAACAGCAAUGGAUGAUGAAUGUUUCUAAAAUUGAAACAAGUGGAGAAGGUGAACAAGAAUCUUCAGUAUCCUCUGUUUCAUCAGCAACAUCAGUUUCCAUGUAUUCCUUCGAUUCUACCCCAAAAACACUUCCUUCAUCAGAUCUUGGCAUUUUGCGAACUAUUGAAGGACGGAAACAGAUAUCAGAAACCGCUGGUACUGUAAAUGUACCUGCUGAUUCAACUGGUUCGUCAAAUAAUGAACCUUUGUUACCGGAACCUGCGUUAGAUCUUAAUGAGGAUGAAGGAGAACUUGAUCCAUCAACGCUAGAAAUUUCCCCUAUGAUGCUAAAGUCAGCCGGUGAACCUGUGCAGUAUGAAUAUUUGGAUGAAAAUAUUAUAUUGUGUGAUGAAAGUUUAAUUAAAGAGGCGAAGGUUGUGCGUUGUUUUUGUGAACCGACGUCGGUUGAAAUAGCAGAAGGUCGUGGUUGCAGUUCCGGUUGCAUUAAUCGAGAGCUCUAUACCGAAUGUGGGUCACGAUGUCCAAGUGGGGCGGGAUGCGCCAAUAGGCGGUUUCAUAAUAAACAAUAUGCGAAAGUGGAAGUAUUCAAUGCAGGUGUAAAAGGUUGGGGAUUGAGAGCUGCAGAACCACUUGAACCUGGACGUUUUAUCAUUGAAUAUGUUGGUGAGGUUAUUGAUGCUGAGGAAAUGAUACGUCGUGGAAGAAGGUAUGGUAAAGACCCAAAACAUGUACAUCACUAUCUUAUGGCGCUAAAGAAUGGUGCUGUGAUAGAUGCAACUGCGAAAGGGAAUGUUUCACGAUUCAUAAAUCAUUCUUGUGAUCCUAAUUGUGAAAGUCAGAAGUGGACAGUUAACCGUCAGUUGAGAGUUGGUUUCUUCGUGAUCAAGCCAAUUGCGUUGGGAGAGGAAAUCGUUUUCGACUAUCAACUUGAGCGUUACGGGCGAAAAGCACAACGAUGCUUCUGUGGUGCUGCAAAUUGUCGAGGCCGAAUAGGUGAUGAUAGUGAAAGCGAAGAAGAAGACAAAAUCAAAAAAAAGGAAAAAAGUUUGCGCAGUGCGAAAAAGCGAAAGAGACAACCAUCAGCUCAGCGUUGCAAUAAGGCAAUAGUGAAUGCUUUGUCACGAGGACCCCCUCGAAAUCGCACUCAAGUUCGUGAUCUCGUUAGAUUAAUGGUACAAGUAGAACAAGCACCACAGCGUUCCUCCCUAAUACAGUGUAUCCGAUUUGCACAUCCUGAUGUACUACGGCUAUUCAUUCAAGAAAGUGGUCUGAGGCUUUUAUACGUUUUCUUAGCUACCGAUUACCCGAUUGAUGAUGAGCAGUCUGUUCUUCAGUUGCAAAUCAAAUCACUUGAUCUGUUGAACGUUAUGCCUAUUGUGAAUAAGAAUCAAGUGAUAGAUAGUCAUCUAGCUUCAACUGUGGAAAAAAUUACUAGUAAAAGAGGUCCAGUAGAUGAAAUUGUGGAAGAUAUCGUAAGGAAAUUAGAAGAUGCGGUGUGUUGUGAUAUACCUUCAACUUCAAAGCAUUCGCUUUUAAAAGAUCCAGAUCCUAUAAUAGAACGUUUACACUACGAAAUGGUUACAAAAGCUGCGAAACUGAUGGAAAAGUGGAGAAAUUUGCGUGAGGAAUAUCGAAUCCCACGUCGGGAACGCACUGAUCCUGUUCCAACUCAACAUGAUAUUAGUCGUUAUGUACGGAAGACUGAUGAGGAUGAAAGGAACAAACGAGUUAUAGUAGAUAAGAAGGAUGAUGGCAGUACCCUGUGGAGAUUAAGUGGAUUUGGACCACCCUCCAAAAAGCGGUGCUUCGACCGACGUCGCCUCCCCAAAACCGAUUUGCCAAUUUUCGUCAAAGAUUUAACGCAUCUCGAAAAUGAAGAUUUCAAGCAAUCACCGAUAACUGUAACUGAUUCACUACGCAUUAAUGAAGAUGAUGAAGGAGAAAACAAACCAAAGAAACGUCGUUCGCGGUUUGAUAUCGUUGGUGAAAGAAAUCCGAGUUCAAUGUAUGAAUUGUAUGCUGCGGAUUGUGAUUUCUACGUUCCUCCACCACCAAAGCUUCUUCCGGAAGCAUUAUUUGCUGCCGGUUUACCAGAUUCAGUAAAUUUCACAUACAGUGAGCAUUCGUUUCCGGAAUUUUUCGAUUGGAAUACCGUAUAUGCAAAAUAUGAUCCAUCAUCCGCUGCCUACCAACAGUUUAUUAACUAUUAUCAGCAGCAACAGUAUCCUAUGAUGGGAUUACUACCAUGUCCACUAACUCCGCAGAAUACCACAGAAAUAACAAAUAUCUUAGAAGCACCUUCUCCGCCACCGCCUAAACGACCCAAAACUCCAGAAGAAAGACCAAAUAUGCUUAUAAUUGGUCCAAUCGAUGCAGAAAACCCGACAGACGAAGAUAUUGAAAUGCUCGAGAAACAUUUGGUAACGCUCAAGGCAAAACGAGCAGAAAUCAGAAAACGUUUGCAAGAUGCACAAAGGAAGAUUGCACAAGAAUCAAAUGAAAUGAGUGAUGUGCCGCCGCCUCCUCCACCUUCACAAACUAAGCAGUCGUUGUGGAUACAGGCUACAACAGAGGAAGGAGCUGUUUAUUAUUACAAUAAAGAAACCAGGGAAUCCGUUUGGACUUUGCCCGAUGAAUCUGAAGGUGGAAAUGCUUCAGCUGACACCACGACUAUUGAUACGCGUGCAACAUUCAAAGUUGAGAUAGUGAAGUAUGUUGGUGGCAUGUUGGAACCAAUUCGAAAGCUGAAGUUUGCAUCUGCUGAUGAUUAUAAAUAUGUUUUACGGAAACUGACACACACGAUAUUGGAGAAAGAAUUGAAACGGGUCGGUGAGACGGAACUUAAAGUCACAGAAUCAGUGCGAGAUAAGGCGCGGAAGUUUGUAGCUGAAUAUUUGGCGCGGCUUGGAGAUGGCCAGUACUCGCGAAAAAAUAAAGUUCACAAUUCCUACUGA